UGGUCGGCAACUGCAGGGCUGGCCGACGGCACGUCCGUUCUUUGCAAGGAAUCAAAGACUGACAGCGCGCUCGGAAAUGAUCUUGUCACUGACGGGCAGGCGUUUGUACAUCGUCUGGAGUUGUUCGAGAGCCGUGCGCUACUCCGUUGAAGAUGGAGGUUAUGUGAUCGAGUAAUGAUGGUUCCCAGCACUGCACGAGUUUGGGCGAUAGGUGGUAGGAUUGGCGAACGGGUGCAACACGAGAUGAAGCUCUCCUCGAUGGUAAGAAAGCCAUUGCUGGGAUGCAGUCGAGUUUUUGAUACAAGAUGUUGGGUUGAUGGCGGUAAUGCACUUGGAACCUUGUUUUGUUCGAGACGGCAUCGCAUCUCGGCCGGAAGACGAGACCGAAUGGCAGACUGCCGCCGCAGUGAGGAAAGGAAAGGAAAGGAAAGGAACUGUCCAGUGUGUCUCCCAGAUUGUGUGGCAGAUGGUGGUGAUGUGGCUUCCAGUGCAAAUGGAAGGGAGGCACCCGGGCAAUGUGGGGCUAGCGGGAGGAACCCUUCCCUGCGGGCUGCAUGCCACCACGUCCCCGACGGCACCAAAAGAAGAAGGGAAGGAAAUGGGAAAGUGGACACCUCUUGCUGUGUGCUGCGUACGGAGUAGGUACGAAGUACGGAUAGAGAAAGGUACAUCCGAGUACCUGCCCGUCACUCGCACCUUCCAUCGUCUCCCUGCGCCCAUGUGCUGGGCGUUACAGGGUGGGACCUCCACACUACAGAGUACUUGGGAGUGCCGUUCCAGCUCUACGAUGGGGCUACAUACUCCGUACAGACUGCAGGGCGGCAAGGUAACUUCGACCUCGACUUCCAAUUCCAUACGCAGCAGUAGUCAGGCCCCACUUCCUCCCACAUCUUCCGCCAAGCGUCUCUCUCUCUUACACUGCUCUCACUUUUGCCUGCAAGCUUCCAGUCCAGCCUUCAAGCGGGCGGUUGACCGCCUAUCGAUAUUGGGAUCGGUUGAUCGAAGCCAGGUUUUCCCCCUCUUUCCCGGCUUCCAUUCCAGGACCCUGCACAUAGUAGAACGAGUGGGAUCUCGGUGACAUUCGACCCUACCGUGCAUACCUUUUCGUCCAGAACCAGCACUUACCCACUGCCACCAGUGAAGCGCCGUUCCGCAGCCUGCAGACGCGAUUCGUCAUCUAACAAACUUCGCCGUCCUCUCUAUCUCUGGACUAUUGAGCGGCCCGCGGAACCCCUUGUAUUUCGUUUUUCGUUUUUCUUCUUUCCCUCGGAGCAUCUCUCUCCCUUGGGACUACCGAAGACACUUGUCUCUUGCUGCUGCCGCUUCUUACUGCACUGCACCUCAACUCCAAGACCAAUCUGACCGCACCGGCCGAGUCUCGAGUCCCUGAGAAUUCCUUGCCAACGCCCUUGGAAAGCUGAAUCACUAC